AUGCUUAUCGAAGUAGCUCACGGACGACUCACGAGUUGCUACAUCGUUGCCAAUAAUCGAGGGGCACAGCGACACGAUGCCGGUUGGUUGAUAGUCACACCAAUGGGCGAGACGCAGCGGCUUUCCAACGAGGACCAGGCUGUUUCCAGAAGCCAGGCUGGCGUCUGCAGCGCCUCUACUGCGUGCAGCCCAAGUCCCUAUCUUGUUAUCCUAGGGAUCCACGAUGCAGUUAGUAUCAGGGAGCAAGAUCGUUCCAAUCGACUGGCUACACAUACGGUUGGCGGAAGCCCGACCAGCAGAUGCAUUCAUUCGGUAAUGUGCUCAUCUGAAGACAUUCGGGUCAUUGCAGCGUUUUCUGCUUCGGCUACUGCGUCCUCAUACUCAUCCGCGAGCGUCCCGUCGGCAUCUGUCAAUACGGACCGAAAAUGCUGCGUAACCGUCGGACAAGACGAUUCUUGCUGUUGUAACCAGCCUGUGGGCCAAUGUGGGGCCUCGCUGAGCCGACCCGAAUCGCACGAAAUACUCCUCGGCCGUCUAUUUGAUUACGCACGAAAGACAAUACCUGCUGUUGUGCAAUGGCAGCUUUGCUCAGCAGCUCAGGUCUCUGGCAGAUACCAGCGCGCUCAGGAGCACUCUUCAUAUCGAAUUACCGGGGAGUCCCUCUUUGAAAGUCUUCCUUGCAUCGAUAGGAGGAUGAUCCUGGUCCGGCUCAUUGCACAAAACGGGGGCCAAAUCGGAAAUUGUCCAAAGACCAGAGAGGAAGUCCCGUCUCGCUGGCACGGCCCUGCCUUUGCAAUUGAUGAAUCGCGAGAAGAUACGGAUCCAGCUAGCGACAACUUAGCUUGCUUUUGCAUUACAGAGGCAAAUGAUGUCCAAAGAUUGACGGCGUUGACGGCCUCGCUCCCGCUUGGCCAAAGCUCAACAAGAUGCGCGGUGGCGGACGCCGUGAUCGUUGGCCGGCGUCAAGUCGACCAGCACCCUGAGAAAGAAAAUGGAUACCCCACAGGACCGAUCAGGAAGAAGGAAACUGCGCUCACAAUGAUCUCUCGACAAAUGCGCUUUCUUCUUCUCUGCCACCGACUUGUCAACUGCAUCGGUGGUGUGCUCAUCCAUCUCCUGGACAAAACCAGAUCAGGCCCCUGUCUUGCCGUGAAGCGACCGGGCGUGCCGCGAGACCCAUUCGCCCGGAUGCCCGACGUCCACUUUCAGGGCGCACAAACGGCUCGGCUGGUUUGUUCAAGCGUCCCGUCCAAGACUCCAGCCACGGUGCGUUUCGCUGGCGGGACGGUGCAUUCGGGCCAGGGUGCAACCCCUGUAACGAUUGACGUGAGCUACGCGGCGAGUGCUCAGCCAGGAGGCCUACGGAGAAUAGGCGAUAGCCGCCCCAGGCCUGGCCCAGGUUUCGCCAAAAGGGCGAUCACAACCCAACUCAACCGAGCUGCAGUUCCGACCCUUUCGUUGAAGACCGGCCUCGCACGGGCCCUCUCGGUAGUCUCGAAUCUGCCGGCUCAAGUCAUGACAGCUUUGGUUGGACUGCCGGCUUCUAGCAAGACAUCGGCAAUGCAAACAGACGCCUCUGCGGUGAGAGGUACCCCGGGAUAUGUGGCGUGCAGGAGAGAUGAUGGAAAAACUGGAGCUUGGAUUGCCAUGUUUUGGGACGGAGCCAAGACUGAUUCACGUCUCACCAUUCCUGCGGCUCGUCUCCGCGCUGCAAGCCCCCCGAACAUGCUUCGCGAACGCCAGUCAACUUCUAGAGCUUAUCAGACAUUCGGGUCGACAUGGAAAGGGAAUAAAGACAUCUCAUCGGAGACAUCAGACGGUCCAGAACGCGCUAGCGUCGGGCUCGAAAAAAGCCAGCCCGAUCCUGAGAUAUUCUAUGAAGGAGGUUUCAAUAGCUGGCCAGGCGGACCAGGCAUCCUCAACCGCGGUCUUGGAAAUUCUGCUCAGCGUCAGUGGACAGGCCGGGGUUGGCUCGUAUUGCCAGUUGCUGGCUUCACGACGUGUGACGACGUCGGCCGAUGGCGUUCACAACGUUGCCUCAAACACGAGAAGCUCAUACUGUCAAGCGACAAGCUAUCCAACUACUGCCGCCUCGUCACCGCCUACUACGGACAGGUCCGGAGCAUCUGCCGAUAUAGUUCUAGAAGAACGCCGACUACUGCUCUAGCGUUGUCUUGUCCGCAGCCACUUGUCCUCAUCAACGGCUCGCGACCUCAAUUAACAUUUUGCCUAGUCUACACGUGGUUUCUCGUGCUUCCACUACCGUUGAUCGGAUCCGAAAAGGCUCAACCCGCAGAAUCUAUCAGAGACCAGUGCAGAAAUGGGAUGAAGCGGGUCCCAUGCAACCACAGCGUGCAAUUCUUAUCGGAAAAGCCGAGCGACCACAAGACGUAUCCUGCUCGUCCGUUUGAGGAAGGCAGAUGCAGUAUAUUGCCAACAAAACGGCACACAGCGGGAUUCCGGGAGCGAUUCGGCGGCAUUGUGUGGGAUCGACCUCAAGCCGAUCUCCGUCCAACCUGGAGGAUCAUCACACUCCGACUUGGGGGUGGUGAGAAGCGGCCUCGGGUCUGCAGAGACGGCUUCAUCUUCUGCGACCUGCCUUGGUCGGAUGAUGGCGAGUGGGCGGCGAAACAAGUUGUCCAUUCCAAAUCGACGACUCGGCCAGGGCUCAUGCAGUCCAGCGUUGGAUCUUGA